UAUUGAAAUUAGGGUUAUAUAUGUAUAUGCCUUGCGCCGCUCAAUGUAUGUUUUGUAUCAAUCGAGAAAUCUUACUUCUGCAUCGCGACUGCGUUCCUCUUCCUUCUGCUCUCUUUCCUCUCAAAAUUUCCGAUCGGCACACUUGCUACAAUUGCAGCGAAUCUCAUGCCUUCAGUUAUUACACCUGCAAAUAUGCAGUCCGCCUGCUCUCCAUUCGCGAUUCAGAUUUUUCACUAGUGAAAGGGAGAUACGGAUUCUGCAACACUUGCCCAGAAAUUGUUCUGAUGCUCGAAUUGUAUGGGAAAGGUUAUGAUUAUGGAUCGUUUUGAGAAUUAUUAUAAAAUCCUUAAAAUAGAAGAAGGAUUUCGUUCAAAAGAUAUUCGUGCUACAAAGAAUCGAGGAUAUAGUUCAGGAAACAAUAAUACCAAAAGGAAAAGGCAACCGGAGCAAGAAACUGAGAAUAAAGCUCCGAGGAAAGAUGAAGAUUCUGUUCCCCUCCCCCUUUAUGAUGCAGCCAUUGUGCCGAAAAACAUAGAGCUUCUGUACUUAAGCAAAGGGUCGAUAUGCGAACUCCUCAAGCAACCUGAAUCCUUCGAAGAGAAGGUUGUCGGCUGGCUGCUAUGUUUGCAUCAUUUUAAAUCCAUAAGAUCGGCGUUCACUGCAUUCUUUCCAGCUCAUGCAGAUCAAAGGCGUUAAAAAGCUCUCCAACGAUGAAAUCAAUGGUGAGACGGUCCUUCAAUUCACUGAUGUGCCGGAAGAAACUUCCGUCAAUGACUUAUCAGAGGAGGAUUUCACCGAGGUACUUAAAAUUCAGUGGUUUGAGGGAUAAUGUUUUCCGAUAGGUGGAACUUCCAAGAAGACAUCGAUCUGAUCCCUUGGAUACACUACCGAUCCUUGAAGUGUGCUGUGGAUUGAAACGAAGAAGUGUAUAUAUGGCUGUGGAAAAUUUUGAAACUUACUAAGGUAAUCUCGAAGAUGGGUUUAGAGACAAAAAUGAGGGCAGGUUCAAAUGGAAUAAAGACUAAAGGCUUUGUAACUAAUUCUUGAAAGUAUGCACCUAAAACAAUUACUAAAAUAACCAACUUAUUUACUAGUUCGAGAAGAGUGGGAAAUUGAAUUAUUUACUCAAAUAUACAUAAAAUAACAUGUACUAAUUUUUGUCAAUGGAUGAGGGUUGUGGAUUGA